UAGGUCAUAAACCUGAGGUAUGCGUGACUCAUAACAUGACAGUAUAACUAGUACCUGUGCAGGUAAAAAUAAAAUAAAUACACCUGUGAUGCAUUAACACGUGUUUAUUUUGAUCUUUAAAACAGUGCAAGACAAAGACCUGUUUCGACAAGUGAUUUAAAUUCGCCAUUCACAGGAUUCAUUAAUAAUUUAACAUUCCCUACAACAUAAUUAACCACGUGUGUCGACCGAUAUUGAUUUCAAGGGAGGCCGACGAAGAAAUGUAAACAUGACGCCACAAAGACGGACUGCAGUGAACUAAUUCAGACCGCCAUUUUGAAUUUUGAGGAAGUGAAGCAGGUGGGAAAGCGUUAGUAAAUACCACACCGUUAGUACAUAAUGUAAAACGGGGAGGAUACCUGUAAUUCACGAUGGGAUUUCUCAGGUGCGCGUUCACCUGUGUGAUUCUGGCCCUGUUCUUUGUCUGGACAGGCUCAGGUAAGAGUGUUUUUCAAUGGAUGAGGCCAGACAAUUUCGAUGAGAUUAUGGACAAGUUAGUCUCCGUAACUCCGGAGAACUGUCGCUCUAAACCCAAACAGGAAAUAGAGCUUCCAAGUGAAACCGUGUCCAUGAAGCCACGAUACAACAUGUUGCUAACAUCCGUGAUAUACUCGAACAGAUCUCAACUUCUUCAUCUGCACAACAUGGCCUUGAACAGGGCGCAUUACUAUAGUUUCAUAUACCAGAGACUGAACAGAUCUGUUGAUUUUAACUUUCAGCCCGGCCUUAUGUACCUGUACAUGUCGGCAACAGCGGACGUGACCGCGAGCGAGGGAUUCCUUAACGGAUCCGCAAUUUUCUUUGACAAUCAUUGUUAUUAUCCAAACUGGUACAAUAAAAUCUUGGACUUCAACAAAACCACGCCAUUGUUUGGUCCGCGGGCGUGGAGGGAGGACGAUUACGCAGAAGCCACGAAUUACCUGAGGGAACCCACGAACCGGACCGUGGACAUUCACGACUACGGAACAGGGUGGAACAGAAACUAUUCCAACCAGGCUUACAAAACGGCGCCGUGGUAUUCGCCCUGGCUCCCGGAUACCACGGGGGACCAGGACUCAUUAACUAAAUUUACAUAUUCAGUGGGUGUCAAAUUUUCAAAUGAAACAGGGACGUUCAUAGACAACGAGUUUUUGGCUAUAAAGUAUUUUGGUCCGCCGCAACCAGGUAUCAACGACGUAGAGGGUGAAUCUCCUUCACUUCCGGUGAAGUGGAGUAAGCCGUACUACGACUGUGGACGUUCCAACAGAUGGAUUAUUACAGCCAGCGCCCCAGUGGUUGAAUAUAUGCCGCGAUAUUCUCCAUUCAUUCACUUACGAAGACCAAGGACCGUAGCAGUGUCAGCCAUGGACAUUGAAUUUGAGAGGAUAGACAUUAAUCCCUGUCCAAUCAGUGAUGGGAACCCGGAACCUAACUAUUUUGCCGGUACAGCAAGAUGCAAGGCCACAACUAUGUGCGAGGUGAUUCCCGGUUUUGGGUUCCGUCGGGGCGGUUACCGAUGCGUGUGCAAACCCGGAUAUUAUUUUCCAUGGUGGCAUGAUGGGCCCUUUUUGGGAAUUGAGAUUGAGCAGGCAACUGAGGCCGAGUAUGACGUUGGAUUUGAUUGCUUGGCUGUGGAAGAACAACUCGUACCUCCCAAUGAGAUGCCAAGCUUUGUCGAAAGGAGGAAAAGGUCCGCCUCAGUACAGGAUCGCUUUCUGGACCUGAUCACGUCUUCUGAUAUUAGUCCGCGCGUCUCGCUGAACAAACGAUCCGCCGAGAAUGACAAGAAAACCGUGAAACGUUCUGCUUCCAAGAAAGUGAAGAAAUUGGUCGCGAAAAGAUCCGCAAUUAAAACAAUCCGAGAGAGGAUGCAAGAGAGAAGAUUUAUCCCUCGGUAUCCGGGAGAAAAACGAUUUAUGAGACAUAAGCGAGAUCUAUUUGAUCAAGAGAUGUACACAAGAAUGGAAAAAAUAUUAUACCGAAAGCAGAAUACAAAUAAAGAAAAUUGCCGAACAAAGCCAGAUUAUGAGUUAUUUUUACCAGGGGACGCAGCCUAUGACGCUGACAAACGAUUUGAAGCGGAAGCACGGACUGCACUGAGGUUGUCCCAUUUCCUGUGCGAUUUCCUUCAAAACAUCGACGAAUAUGAAGACUUUGGAAGCGUCCGUGGAGACAAAAGAUUAAACGAGACGCACAUAUUUGGAGAAGUUCUUGCAAAUGUUAUGAGCAACUUCAAAAUCCUAGGCAGCGGCGUUUUCUUUGAUCAGUACAAGUUCCGAAUGUCGCCACCCGAGAACAAUACAGACCCUCGGUUCGUACACGGUAUCACCCGGGAGUACUUUGGACCUUUCGCAUACACUUAUCUAUCUGCUGAUACAGACGGGUUAGAAAGGUUCCGGGCUAUAGACUAUGCGGGUUUGAAGAACCCUUACACCCGCGAGAGAUGGUUCAGGGACGUGAAAGCCAGAUGGCAGACCAAUUUUGAGGGUCUGAAACAGUACACAGCCAAACCUAUGGUCCGAUCCGAUCCGAACGGUACCAGCUUGGUGAGAUGGGAGCACUAUCCAUUACGAUACUAUGCUCCUAAGUAUGAACACGGAGAGUGGUUGAGACCUACCUUUAAAUGCGAUGGAUUGGUGGAUGAAUGGGUGGUCACGUACAUCGCUCCAUUCUUUGGAACAAACGCAUUGAAGACGCGACUGGAAUUCCAUGGAGUGGUAACAGUUGAUGUCAAGUUAGAUUUCUUGGAAAUUCAGCAAUGUCCCGGAGAUUACACCGUGGCUAAUGCAUUCAAAAAUACCGCGCGUUGUCACUUUAAAUCGCAAUACUGUCUACCGUUACCAUUACAAACCCCUACCCAGAGAUAUCUCCGAGGAGGUUACAAAUGCGAGUGUCGUCAAGGAUAUGAGUACCCCUACAACGACCUGAGCUGGUUCUUCGACGGUCAGAUGAUGGAUGAAGAGUACAACAAAAUGUUGCGAGGGGAACCCAACAGAUACGACACCUUGAAAUGCAGAAUAGCUGGAGCCGCGUCUGUGACCGUCAGCUGGGUGCUUCUCUUAUUCUCCUCCCUCAUCUAUCUUCUCUGGAGCUCAGUCUAAAUAAUAUCAAAUCAUUUCUUUUACUAUAGAUUUUCUAUUUCUCCAAACCGUCGCUAGUCUUCUACACAAGUAAGUACCAUGAUGUAAUCGGAACUAUUUUGGACUAAACUACGCACUUGAAUUAUAAUAAAUUGUACCAUAGCCAUCUACUCCAUUACUCGGUGACUACGUUUAUAUACGACUGCAUCAAAUCUAAUUUUCAAAACCCAUUAUUUAAGUUUCAUGAUUAUAUUUAUAACGUCGACAGAUGCUCAACGUUUCGAAUAUUUAUACCUUACAAUACAUUGACUAGCCUUCACAAUUUUUAUGUGGUUGUCUUUUUCAACAAUUUUAUUUGUAAAUGUUAAUGACUUUGUGCCAUUAAUGCCAAAUGAUUGUUUUUUAUCAUUAUUAGUGCAAUUGAAAUGUAUGAAUGCUUGUGAGUUUUUAAUCAGAUGUGCAUAUUAUAUACAUCACACAACCAUACUUCACUUUAUUGUAUUAUAAAUGUCUUUAGAGGUCAUAGUUCAACAUGAUUACGUUCAGUACUUUAUUAAUCGUCAUAACUCAACUUUAAAUUAAUGGAUACUGUGUGGGUACUCAUUUUAGCGUAUUUAAAAGUUUGCGCAAUUGGAGCUGAUAUACUUUUUUUUUUAUAUAACAGUGAUUUAAGUACGAUGAUGGAUAUUUACAUAUUUUUGUAUAGCAAUAAAUCAGACCUCUUGCAACAUCAUCAAAGGCGCUAAAAUUUGAAUCCCGCUAAAAUGAGUAAAUAUACUGUAUCGGAACAAGUGCUUAUAUUACGGACAUCUAACAAUCCUUGGUAUCAGUGUAAUAUUUGUUAUAUCUAGAUCUAGUUUCAUACUCAGUACGUGUAUCUUCGACUGACGAUUUCAAUGUUCCAUGUCAAUUACUUGACAAAUUUCCAGUCUUUACGUGAAUAUUUCUUUCUGUAACAGGAAAUUAUGGUAUUUUUAACACCACGAACAUCUAUGCAAUAUAAUCAAGAGCAGUUAUGAAUUAUAUUUAUAUGCCAUAUAUAUGUUGAUGCAUAAAUGAUUUUUCUCUUGGUUUAAAAAAAAAUUAAUCUAGUCCUCACGGCCAUAUUGUAUUUAAAGACUAUUAUGCCAAGGAAUAGGUAAGGUGCCCCUAACAUGUGAUCAUUUCUAUUGUAUGCAAGUAUGUGAAUAUUUUGAAAAUGUAUUUUUAUACGAAAAUGGUUUAAAAAACCCAUUAAUAAAUAUAAAACAAUAUAAA